UUUUUCUUUCUUUUUCUUUCUUUUUCAUUCGAUAUUGUUAAAUACAUCAUUACAUAUUUUAGGAUGAAACAUUUAUUCUUAUUAUCAAUAUUCAUUUUCUCUUUUAUUUCCUUGAUAUCUGCUGAUAGUACAUAUAUUGUGGCCUUGAAGAAACAAGUGGAUACUGAUCAAGUCGAUCAAGCAAUAUCGGAUAUUAAAUCAGUAGGGGGCAAGAUACUUUACGAAAUUAAGACGGGUAAUAAAGCAUUUAUUGUUUCUUUACCUGAUGAUCAAUACAGUGUAAUGGAAACCAAAGAUUAUGUAGAUUUUGUGGAAGCGGACCAAGAAAGCGUUCUAUUGACAUUUUUUUCUUUUUUUAGUGCACAUCUGAAAAGGAACCAGUCUUAUGCCCAUUAUGCGGGGGGGAGGGAGAUAAAUGAUCUCUCAUUUACUUUAUUAGUUAGUUAUAGGUAUUAGUUUCAAAUAGUAUUCAAUAAAAACUACGUAUUUGAUGAUUAUUCUUAUCAUUAUUCUUAUUAUUAUUUUACAAAUCAUCACCCAUCAUUUAUUUAUUUUAUUUUUUUUCCCUUUUUCUAUUGAAAAACCUUUUUUUCGUCUUAACACUUAUUUAGGUCAUCAUUGUUAUCAACCCCUUAGCCAUCUUUUGACCUUCUCCCUGUUUUUCAUCUCUCAGACACACAUUAUCAUCAUCACUCUCUCUCUCUCUCUUAAAAUCACCCUUUUGUUUUUGUUCUUCGACUUCUUUU